UUACAAAGGGGAACUAGUGAGAACAAGUUUUUCUUCUACUAGGAGUUUAAAAGGCCAGACGUGACCAUUUGCACGCUCAAUGCACAUAGUUGGAACUACUUCUUUAAGUGCAGUCACCUCGAAAACACGGUUGGUACCUGCGACAGUUGACUGUGGUUGGAAAGUGAAAAAGUAACAAGCUAGCAAGUCAAGACCAAUCCAACCGUGAGCCCUGUAGGCAGCAGCAGCUGUAAUCCCUCCCCGGAGCAGAGAGAGAGCACAGGGAGUCUGGGCUGCUAAAUGCUCCAGCCUCAGAGGGACGAUGGUGGAGGGCUGGUAAAGAUGGCGGCACUCUCCGAGGAUGGGAGGUACGGAUUAAAUUGUGGCCAACAGAGCGCAGACAGAGUCACCGUACUACACGUCAAAUUGACCGAGACGGCGGUGAGAGCAAUAGAGAGCUAUCAGAACUGCACGAAUGUACCUUCUUUGCUGCCAACAAUACAAUUUAAGGGACUCCAAGGGCGUGUUAAAAUUCCCAAGACUGACUCCUCCUCAGAAACCUUCCAUAGUUUUGAUUUCUACCUGUCUAAUGUGGGCAAGGACAAUCCUCAGGGAAGCUUUGAGUGCAUCCAUCAGUAUGUGUCGAGCUCAGGGGCCUCACACCUGGCAUUGUUGGCAGCCGUACAGGACAAGGUCACAGUGUGUGCCACCAAUGACUCCUACCAGGUGACUCGGGAACGUAUGACCCAGGCCGUGGAGGAUACACGUGAACGUGGGACCAAAGUCAUCAAGCCUGGUGGUCAGUACAGAGGAAAACAAGUGCAUAUUCGUAAGCCUGCACUGUCAAACCCAGAGGUGGUCCCAGAGCGCAAACGCUCCACACCCAUCAACCCAGCCAACACUAUUCGCAAGUGCCUUUCCAAUAACCCCGUAUCCCAGCGGCCGUUUCGGGACCGUAUCAUCCACCUGCUGGCGCUGAGGUCCUACAAGAAGUUGGAAGUGCUUGCCCGUUUGCAGCGGGAUGGUAUCAAUCAGAAGGACCGAAACUCAUUGGGGACCACCCUGCAACAGGUGGCAAACUUGAAUCCCAAAGACAACACAUACUCACUGAAGGAAUUUAUAUACCGUGAUGUCCAACGGGACUGGCCUGGCUACUCUGAGGAUGAGAAGUCGCAGGUUGACCGGAUCCUGUCUCGCAAAUUAGGUCUUCCUACCGAGACAGUUUCAACAAGCAGUUCUCCCAAAGACAGUGUCCCCACAUCCCCCCAGAAGCGCCAGCCAGACUUUGACUUCAUCGAUCCUUUGGCUCCCAAGAAAGCACGCAUCUCCCACCUCAGCAAUCGAGGGCCAGUCGCAUCUUCAUCCUCCUCUUCCUCUGACCGCCGAGAGGACGAGGGCAGCCCCAGCUCCAAACGCUGGUCCCUACCCUCUAAUGCCACCUCGGGCCCUCCCACCCAUCUCCCCAUCUCAUCCCACCCCCCUGCACCCUCUCACCAGCAGCCCAGCCCAGCCUCCAACUCCAACUCACCCAGCACCCCGGAGGGCUGUGGCACCCAGGACCUGCCCAUGGACCAGAGUUCCUCCUGCAGAGACCCUUCACCCAGUCCCUUUUCCACCGAUAGGACCCUGCAGGACCGCUAUCGACACCCUGUCCCCAGACCAGCUGCCUCCCCCAGCCCUACUCCUCCUUGCACCUCACUCACAGUUACCUCUACUGUCAUCACCAGCCCUCCCUUGUCCAGCAGUACCAAUAAGAAGUUUAAAAAGAAAUCCAAGAAGCACAAAGACAAGGAUCGAGAGAGGGAGAAAGGGAAACGAACAGAAAGAGGCAGCAGUAUACCUCAGAGUGUAGCAGAGCCGGCUGAGGAGAGCCGUCGAGCCAAAAAGCGGCGCAGUGCUGAAGAAGAACGCAGAGAAGUUAUCGGCAAAAGUUCUCACAAAGAUCAAGAGUCUUCAGACAAAGAGAAGCCUGUGCAGGCUACUGAAUUCUCAUCCAAAAUUGAGAUGCCUGACUAUGUGGCGAAGUACACAGCGUUGGUGUCCACUGAUCAGCGACAAAGCUACAAAGAUGACUUCAAUGCAGAGUAUGAUGAAUACCGCCUGUUGCACGCUCGUGUAGAGAACAUCACCCGCCGUUUCACCCAGCUGGACACCCAGUGUCGGAAGCUGGUCCCUGGCACCAAAGAAUACCAGAAGGUGCAAGAAGAAGUCUUGAAAGAGUACAAAAAGGUGAAACAACACAGCCCCAACUACCAUGAGGAGAAACUGCGCUGCGAGUAUCUGCACAACAAGUUGGCCCACAUCAAGCGGCUAAUAGCUGAUUUUGACCAGCGUAGAGCCCAGGCUUGGUGCUGAGAGCACAGCACAUCUUCACUGCUCAGUAUUGAGAAUGGAGUGUCAAAUCAGGAGGGGGUGUCCAACUGGCUCUUAUUUAUUAACACCCUCACCCAACCCAUCCUCCUUCUUUUCCUACCCUUUUCUUUCUCCUAUCGUCCUUCUUCAUUCCUUCCUUCUUUUCUGAUUUUUGAUUCCAGGCUUCAUUGUUGCCUGCAACCUUGAAAAUCUCCCUUUCACUUUACCUUUCCCCCCCUCCCCAAAUCCUUUUUGCUUUCUCAAUAUUUUUUUUCUUAAUUAGCUCCUGUGGAAUUUGAUACCACUGGACUAGUGGGAAGGGGUUGCCUGCAUGUGUGAAGGGUUUGUGGAAAAAAACUUCAACUCUUCUAACUUUUGAAGGACUUUCUCUUCAGACAAAUAAGUAUUUUUGAGCAUCAGAGAAAAUAUUUACAUGUAUUUAAGUAAAAACAAAAAAGAAGAAAAAAAGAGGGAGAUCUAUUUAUUUUGAGACUCGUAGUGCAAAAACCAGAGUCAGCAGAUGAUAUAUUGUUUAAUUUUUCUUGAAAACAAUGCAAAAAAAAAUAAUUACCGCGGGCCUUAUGUGUUUUGACUUUGUGAAGCCAUUUUGCACGCAUGAUUCAUAUGUCAUCUCAUCUGGUGAAGAGAUCUUUCCUGCCUCAUUUCCUGUCUCUUCAAACAAAACUGUACUGGAUGACCUUGCUUCAACAAAUUGCUCAGAUGCUGAGUUUGAGGCCGAAGGGGGAGGAAAUGAGACAGGGAAGAGAAAUCACUUGAGCUGAUGGAGAAACAACAGUAUGUGUGCAUGGGUUGUUAAUUUAGUUGUAAUGACCACACGGGGUGGUGAGGUUGGGGGUAACUAAAGGAGUAUGAUCCUCUAUCAGUAGGGGGCAGUAUUCCCUGCACCAAACGAUGUUCUACGUUCACGGUGCAUCAUGGGUGCCUUAUGGUGUUUACAUUCGGAAAUGUCUGAGUCGGGCCGACCUGCUGGGGGGCCCGAAGGCUACACAAAGGAACUACAACUGCCUGGAAACAGGUGUGCGUUUGUGUGCGAGUGAUUGUGUGCGUGUCAGAGCACAUGUCAGAUCGGUGGAGGAAGGAAGGGAUGUGAAGUCUGGAAGGAGUGUUACAAACAAGUGCGUGCGUGUGUGUGUGUGUGUGUGUUCGUAUGCAUCACGUGGAGUGAGUGGUGAGAGAAAAACAGAAACGUGGCAAAUAUGAAAAACAAACAAAAAAAAGCUGCUAUAGUGUUUAACCAGCCAGAGCACUCAGGAUCAACCUGGCUGGAGUAAAAAGUACCUGAUCCUAAUUGAAGAGAUACAGACGAUCUUUAUUUUCCAGAAUGCUUCCUCUCUAGACCCUACAAAGGACUCCGCCCACCUCUCGAGCUUUAUCCAGCGGCAAACAAGUCUGUUUCUGUUUUUUUGAAAUGAAGCAAAAACUUGUAAUCCUCCAGAAAUAUCACCUGUAUUACGGUGUCAAAUGUAUUCUCAGUUUGAGUUCCGGAGAACAGAUUUCCGAGUAGCAUUUUGUUUUAAUUUUAUUUUCAACAUUGAUAUAGAUUUAGUUUCAUGGAUGGAUGAAUGGCUUCUUUGAAAUUCUUUAUUUCAAUAAGGGAAAAUGUGUUUACAAACUUGUGUUAGAAUGUUUGCCAAAAAAAUUAAAUGCCUUUCUGGUACUGCUUCCAUGGAGUAAAAAAAAUUCUGAUUGGGGCUAAAUUUGAGGAGACAUAAAUACUGGAACAUGUGUCUCUUCCGCUGAACAAUAAGUUAAACAUCCUUAAGUUUGGGGAUCUGAAGAGGAACUUGGUCACAGUGGUGUUAACUGCACUUUUGUAGUGGUCAGCCCCUUCUCGGGAGUCCUAUUGAUAAUAUUGUGUGGACAAGUAAGAGUUUGUCUUGUAAAAAAAAAAAAAAAUUGGCCUGAUUUUCUUUUCCUCCAAAGUAGACAAUAAAGUAAUUAUUGUCCUGCUCUUUUUUUUUCUUUCUUCUUAUAUCUAGAUUAUGGCAUUCCAUCCAAGAGUCAGUCUCUGCAGUAGACUGGCUGUUUUGGUCGGCUGUCAGAAUCAAUUUAGCGUAAUUACAAACUUGGCUUAACUUACUUGUUGUCUCUCCAGUUGUUUUGGACAGAAAAUCAGCACUUGUAUAUUGGAGGUGUCACAACAGUAGAUAAAUGUUCACAGAGCUGGGGGCUACAGGGUCAGUGUUUUGGUUUAUUUUUCCUGUUUUUGUUGCAAUGGUCAUUUUAAAGUUACAAAAGGCCACUCCCAACAUGCUGAUGUUGACCGAGGCUUUGCAUAAAGCCUCCCAUGUGUAGCCUCUCACCGGGUGUCCUCCUCUCAGACUUCCAAAUAUUUCUGUCCUUUUCAGAGAGAUUUUGUUUAGUUAGGUCAGAGCAACCUGGAUUAAUAAUCUGUGACUCGGUGCGGCGGGAGGCGGGAGGGAAGGGGCUUGAUCAAGAGUCUUAAUGAGGAAGCUAAACAAUGCUCCAUCUGUACAAAAAAUACACAGCGAAUCAAGUGAAUUUUGAGUGAAAUCUGAUCCUGCCCACCUGAAAAUGUACAAGACAUUUCAAUAAAAAUAAACUUAGUUUUACCUGGAA